CCACCCAUUUCACGUAGCCUACCCCUACCGGCAGGUCUUGGCGUAGGGACCUUUCUCAGGAAACAUUUUUACAGAUGAGGAAACGGAGACUCCGGGCUCUCCCUGGCUUCACACAAGCUGUGCCCAGUGCCUGGAUGGCCUUUUCUCCGGGCAUCUUUCUAAUCGCUACCCACUCUGUGCUAGGCGCUGUACUGUGCACCUUACACACACUUUAUCUUACGUAUUCCUUUCAAGAGCCUGCAUGAGGUAGGUGGUGUCUUACCCAUUUUGCUCUGAGAGACAAAGCAACCCACGCAAGGCUGUACAGCGAAUAAUCCGACCUCCAGAGCCCUUCGCCCUCAGAGUCUUUAGCUCUUUGUGAAAUCCUCUCGGAGAUAGAGUUGACUGGUUAGUGUACAACUCUUUAUUAUGUCAUUGAUCAAUAAUUGUCUUUGGUGUCUCUUCUUUUGCCUAGAGACUGGGAUGUUUUUUGGGACAAAACCCAGUUCUUACACAAGUUGAUAAUCCCCUUAGCAGAGGACCUGGCACAGAAAGAUAAAACCUUUGGAUGAAUGAAUAACUUGCCCCAAAUCAGGUGGUUUCUUAACCACCUAGGUAGGCCUAGAACCUGGAUAUUAUUUGUUGCCAGAGGAUCUUUGAUUUUUUUCUGGGGAUUCUAUCCGCUUACCAUAAGUUGUGUCCCCUUUCCUUCUUGCAUAUGUGGUUCUUUUUUUGAUUUAUUUUUGGCUGCGUUGGGUCUUCGUUGCUGCACGCAGGCUUCUCAUUGUGGUGGCUUCUCUUGUUGCGGAGCACGGGCUCUAGGCGCGAGGGCUCAGUAGUUGUGGCAUGUCGGCUCAGUAGUUGUAGCUCAUGGGCUCUAGAGCACAGGCUCGGUAGUUGUGGUGCACGGGCUUAGUUGCUCUGUGGCAUGUGGGAUCUUCCCAGACCAGGGCUCGAACCCGUGUCCCCUGCAUUGGCAGGCGGAUUCUUAACCACUGCGCCACCAGGGAAGUCCCUGCAUAUGUGAGUCUGACUGAGCCUGCACGUCUACGAGAGGCCAGUGGAUACAGUGUCUCGACUGCAUUGUGAGAGUGAAUCUUUCAAGAUGGACCUCAUAUUAGAUGUAAACAUUCAGAUUUACCCUGUAGACUUGGGUGACAAGUUCCGGUUGGUCAUAGCCAGUACUUUGUAUGAAGAUGGUACUCUGGAUGAUGGUGAAUACAACCCUACAGAUGAUAGGCCUUCCAGGGCUGACCAAUUUGAGUAUGUAAUGUAUGGGAAAGUGUACAGGAUUGAGGGAGAUGAAACUUCUACUGAAGCAGCAACACGCCUCUCUGCCUACGUGUCCUAUGGGGGCCUGCUCAUGAGGCUGCAGGGUGAUGCCAACAAUCUGCAUGGAUUUGAAGUGGAUUCCAGAGUUUAUCUGCUGAUGAAGAAACUGGCCUUCUGAACCACCCAGGGAGCCAGCCUUGCUGCUUACUCACGCACGUCAUGGACGUUCGUUCAAGCCCGAGUAGCAGUUGCUGUUGUUCACCUGUUCAGGAGGGGCUGGCUCUCUGUCCACUGUGGGUGCAUCUUUAGGAGGUCUGGACUCAAUGGGAAACUGACUUGCCUGCAAAAGACCCAGUGGGAGAGCUUAAAAUGAAUCAGAAGUUGUUUUAUGUAUAUGAUUUUUUUAAUUAAAGUUUACUUUUUCAGACUCUUU